AUGUCCAAGGUCCUGGAGCAGUCGCAGGAUGAACCGCCUACGAUUCCAACUCCAUUUAUCGACGGGUCGCUAAUACCCUUGGAAUGGCCAUUCCAGUUAGCUGGAACUGCCGGUCUAAGCAUCCCCGUGAUUGAUGUUCUUAGGUUUCAGCCGUUUUUCGAUGGCGAGCGGGCUAUACCCUUCGUUUGGAAUCGAACCUCACAUUACUCCUACUCUGCCCUUCUACUUUCGAGUUGGUCGGACCAUGGAGGAUUGACACUGAGUGGUUUCACGUCCAAGGCUGGUGUCUGGCAGCAGGAUGGAACAUGCACGGUCGAGCUCAUAAAGGUCGAACCAAAGUCGAAGCUCGGCAGUCUCAUCACUUUCAAAAAUUGA